ACUUAGCCACAGGCUAGUUACCUCUACCGCCCGCUUAGUAACCUAGCUGAGUGUAGGCGUUCCAGUCACAAGACUUAUUCAGAGAGAAGGACAUGAUAACAAAGAUUAUUUGAUAAUUUUUUUUUUUACUAAACCCAGUAACGUUAUGCCAGAUGGACUUGUUACAAGCAGGCCUCUGCAGAAUGAGGCUACAGGUAUUGACCUGCAGGUUCCACUUUAUCAGGAGGUUCGAGGUCCCAUGAUGACAGGCCAUGUGGAGUACCAGAUUGUAGUGAUCACCCGCCUCGCACCUUUUAAAUCUGCUAAACACAAACCAGGAGAUGUUGUCCAGUUUGUGGUGUCAAAGAAGUACAGUGACAUUGAUGAGUUUUACUCCCACUUGAUUGCUCAGUAUCCCACAGUAUCCCAACUUCCUGCCAUGCCCCGCAAAACACUCUUUGUGGGAGAAACAGACAUCCGUGAACGGCGAGUGGCCUUUGAUGAGCUUUUUCGCUUUAUUUCCAAACAUCCGACUCUCUCUACCUGUCCAGAGUUAAUGGAAUUUUUAGGAGCAAAAGGUGCCCUUCAUGAUAAAAAAGUUUCCAAUACUCCAGUUGGAACGGAUGAUGAAAAUGCAGACGAUGGGUUGGAUUUCUUUGGGAAAGAUGAUGCACCUACCACUCAGCCCAAGCCAGUAAAAGUAGGGAAGCCACUUGAGGAGGAAGAUGAAGAGGAAUUGUUUGAUCCUUUAGGCAGCGUUAGGUCUAAAAAGACUAAGCCUGCCAAGCCAGCACCAAAACCAGCAGCCAAACCCAAACUCUCUCUGUUUGAUGAAGAAGAGGAUCCAGACAUGGAGCUUUUUCAGCCUUCCGUAAAGAGCAGUGAUGUGAAAUUGUUUGAGGACCCAGAUUUAGGUGGAACUGUGUCUCUUGGAGACUCUUUGCUGCUCCCUAGUGCCUACCAGAAGGAUGACACCCCUGUUACCCCAAAACAUGAUGAGGAUGUGGAUGAUCUCUUUAGGGUGGAGGAGGAUUUGGACAAACUUUUAGCGAUCAGUAAACCAGUACAACCAAAGCCAGCUGUUGCCCCGAAACCAGUACUGAAAGCCAAGCCAGUAAUUCCACACAAGCCCUCCUCCCUGCAACAAAGUAGCCGAGCACCUCCUCAGCCCGCCGUGGUCCAAGCAAUGGAUCAGCAUGACAUCUUAAAAUAUAUCCAACAGAACGAGGCCACAGAAAGUGAGGACCUGGACCUUUUUUAAUUUUGUUAUUCUGGGACAUUCCAGGCAAAGCUUUUCGGCAUAAUUAUUCCACAAAACUUAAUUUCAGUUUAGACACUAUUACAAGGACAGGAGGUUUUUCCUAAACUGUUGUUUCCUUCAAACUAAUCAGAAGGCGCUAACAAUUUGUCUUUUUUUUUUUUUUUUUACAUUAUUUAUCAGAGGUUUUAUGCAUUUCCAAGUGUGAAUAUUAAACCAAACAGCUAAUUAGCAUGCUGAUAUGCGCCCUUUACCUUUCACAUGGGUCCUAAUUAUGCAUUGCAUUAUUGCACUAAUGUGCAGCUUUCAUGAGCUUCCAUAUGAUAAUGCCUUUUGCAAGGUUGCAAAGCAAUGUUGUUGCAUACAAAUAUAUCUUAACAUUUAUACAAACAAUGCAUCCCGAAAAAUUUUAAUGUCAUUUUUUUUUUUUUUUUUUUGUAAUUUAAUUUAAAAAGCGAAACAACUAUCAUCUCUUGCACAAAGUACUUGGUCAGGGCUCCAUUAGAAUAGAUUACUGCAUCAGUGCACAGUGGCAUGGAGGCUAUGGCACUGCUGUGGCAUUUUUGAAGACCAAGUUGCUUUGGUAGCAGCCUUCAGCUCUUUCUAACCUUGCUUUUGAUUGAAACAAACAGAGAAUUAGGUCAGGUGAGUUGGAUGGUUAAUCAAGCAGAGUAAUAUCAUGGUGAGCAAACCAGUUAUUUGUAGUUUUGGCACUGUAGGCAUGUGCUAAGUCAUAAUGGAAAAGGAAGUCAGCAUCUCCAUAAAACUUGUCAGCAGAUGAACUUGUCAGUCAGAAGCAUGAAGUGGUCUAUAAUAACUGUUAGACAGCUGCAUUAACUUUGAACUUGAUGAGACACAAUGGACCAACGCUAGCAGAAGACAUGAUGCCCCAAAUCAUCACUAACUGUGGAAACCUCAUACAGGAUUUCAAACAACUUGGACUCUGUGCCUCUCCCCUCCCUCCAAACUCUAGGACCCUAAGUAACAAAUCAAACGCACAAUUUUUUUUCCUCCAAAAAAAAGACUUUGGACAACAAAAAUUACAAACCAAAACUUUAUCCUAAAAUUAUCAUUUUUUGGGACAAGCUGUCUUUGUGUAUGUAUGUGUGUGUUUGGAAUAUAUUUCAUGCUGUGAUUUAUAUUAUAUUGUAGGAACUCUGAAUGAAGAAAUUCAUGUGUGCACCUAUUUUACACUGUGUACAUUUUACACUUGUGUGUUGAUUUUGAUGCUGGAAGUUAUGCUAAUCUUUCACAAAGAAAACAGAAUUAAUUAGUUUACUUUUUUUUUUUUUUACAGUUUUUGAUUUAUUCUGGCCAUUUGAUUUAUGUAAAGUAAUUUUUAUACCCAUAACAAUGUUUAAUUAAUUAAUUAAUAAAUAUAUAGUUUGUAGAAUUUCAUUCUUCCUUAUGUUUCUUUGUUGUUGAAAUUAAACACAAGGUGGCGACAAAGCAUUAGUUGCUCUUAUAAAGUAAAGUGCAGCUCAUAUUUUCAUCUAGAUACAGAUAAUGUUAAUCAGUGAAGUAA